AUGGAGGCCGAUGUCAAAGAACUUUCUGGCCGCAAGGGAGCCAGCGGGGGUGUAAACCCCAACCCCUUACCUAAAGCUUGCGCUGAUCGGAGUAAUGGUGCUGAUACAGAGAACAAGAGACGUUUUUUCUCACGUGGCACAGAGCAUGGCCUCUUCGGCUACUGGUUGUUCGUUCAAUGGUAUUAA